UUGUUUCAGACAAGUAAUGUAAAUACAUGUUUCACUCAAUUAGAUGCUCACAGCUUGUACCAUUGAACUCGUGACCCUCAUGUCACCCUCCUGAAGAUUUCAUUUACAAUAUUCACAGCAUUAAUUAAUGUGCAUACACUCAAUUAAAUAUGGCAGACAAGCUACGCUCUACACUUCCGCAUACAGAAUGUCUUCAGUACGCACAACACUUUCAGCAAAGCGAAGUUGACUUGAAUGCAUUGCAUGGUGACGAUAAUGAAACUGAUGAUGAUGAUGAUAAUAAUGACUCUGAUGAAAUUGUUUAUUUAACAUCACCUUGGAGAAGAGCGGCUCCAUCGUGUAUGUUUUGUUUCUUUAAUCGACUGCACACGCUUACACCUUACAAGUUAAAGAACAGCAAAGGAUUGAACUACAUUUCACCUAGGAACUUACAUCGUACUUGUUCAAAGAGUUUUUCUUACAACAAAUCAAAAAUGAAAUGCGUUGGAGGAAUUUUGUUAAUGUCGUGUUUACUGAUGAUUAUAAUUGGUGGAGUAUUUUUAGCAGGACGGAACGUGCAAAAUGAUAACGCUGUUAGUGCAGGUAAAAUAACUUUGACGAAACUCACUACACCGGAAUUUAAUUUACACCGGACAAAUGCAAAGAAAAAAAACAGUUUAGGACACCCUUUUAAUCCAGAAAAAUGGGAUAACCGGACUGCAAAUACCCGAAAACAUUACAUUAUACUAUACUGGUCCAAAAUAAGAGGACAUAUGGCUAGGAUGCAAUCUAAAAAAGAAUAUGAAAGAGACCAACAUGUUUGGCCGUAUACAUACGUUGGAGAGAAUUGUCCGGUAUCUUGCGAAAUUACUAACAAUCGCAGCAGGGCUAAAGAAGCAGACGCGUUUGUUGUGCACUCUCGGUUGACGGAUGUUUGGGACUUUCCCCCGUUUGAAUAUUUAGCUCCAUGGAUACUACAAAACAAUGAAAAUCCUGUUUAUACACCUGCACUCAGUGACCCGCGUAUUAUGAACAAAUUUAACCUGUUAAUAUCAUAUAGGUUAGAUUCGGAUUUUCCAUCCCCGAUAUAUCCAAUGCCGUCUUUAUCGGAACCCAUUCCGUUUCAACAGCGAUUAGGUGACGUUCUUGCCGUAUUUUCGAAAUGUGAAGUUGUCCGAACUGAAUAUAUGAGACAGCUCAUGAAGUUUAUAGAUGUUCAUUCGUACGGCGCAUGUUUAAAAAAUAAAGAAGGUUUGAUUGGUCUGUAUGGACAAGUGAAUGGAAAGUAUGUAUUCAAGGAUUAUAAACUAGUAUUGACUCGAUUUUAUAAAUUUUCACUGGUUUUUAUGAAUCAAGAUUGUGAGUAUUUUGUAGAUGACCGGUUGUAUCAUGCAUUAGACACCGGAUCAGUGCCGGUUUACAUGGGAACUGAUAAAAUAGACGAAUUCUUACCGGGAAACUUAAAAAAUGCAAUUAUAAAAGUAUCAGAUUUCAAUUCUCCCAAAGAAUUGGCAGAUUAUCUGCAUUAUCUCAGUAAUAAUGAGACUGCGUAUAAUAAAUAUCUAGAAUGGAAAACCCAGGGUAUUGGAGAUAUGAGCAGCCUAACUAUAGGACAUUGGUGGAAACCCAAGUAUCCUUUAUUUUGUCAAGUGUGCAUGAGACUUUCUCAGGGGCGUUUGCACCCUGGACUUGAUGUUGAUGCAUGCAAACCAAGAUCUUAUUUAGACUGGAAACUUUAUCCACCUUAUGGUUCAGAUGAUGUGCAGGCUAAAGUACAAGAAAAACAAGAUAUUUCAUAUUUUUUGUAUACGUGCGCUUUGAUGUUUUUGGCAGGAUUAAUUCUGGUGGUUUGUUAUUUUGUGCGCUGUUUUAUGAAAUGUUUUCGUAUGCAUGUACUGUGAUAUUGAAUAAUAUUAGUAGCCUCUUUUGUUCACUUUUCAAUAUAUCGGCUAAGUUAUGGAAGUAAAUUUUUACCCGAAUUAUUUCCGCGCUACCAUUUGAAGGGUUACGAAACAGGUCGUAAAUUUGAAUUUUAAUAACUUACACGAAAGUCGAAAAUAAGGUGAUAACGUU